GUCUGGACGCGCGCGGGGCUCGGUUGAAGCGGGAGUGAGUUUCUGGGCGCGAGUCCCGGUAGCGGGCGGCUGAUUGCACGGGGGACCCAGCGCCGCCUCUGCCGCCAUGGCAGCCCUGCGCUAUGCGGGCCUGGACGACACGGACAGCGAGGACGAGUUGCCCCUGGGCUGGGAGCAGAGAACCACCAAGGACGGCUGGGUGUACUAUGCCAAUCACACUGAGGAGAAGACUCAAUGGGAACAUCCGAAAACUGGAAAAAGAAAACGAAUAGCAGGAGAUUUGCCAUAUGGAUGGGAACAGGAAACGGAUGAGAAUGGACAAGUGUAUUUUGUCGACCAUAUAAAUAAAAGAACUACCUAUUUGGACCCAAGAUUGGCAUUUACUGUGGAUGAUAAUCCUACAAAGCCAACCAACAGACAGAGAUACGAUGGGAGCACCACAGCCAUGGAAAUACUCCAGGGCCGGGACUUCACUGGCAAAGUGGUUGUAGUUACUGGAGCUAACUCAGGAAUAGGGUUUGAAACCGCCAAGUCUUUUGCCCUCCAUGGUGCUCACGUGAUCCUGGCCUGUAGGAAUAUGAGCAGAGCCAAUGAAGCCGUGUCACGCAUUUUAGGAGAAUGGCAUAAAGCCAAGGUAGAAGCAAUGACCCUGGACCUCGCUCUGCUCCGUAGCGUGCAGCAUUUUGCUCAAGCGUUCAAGGCCAAGAAUGUGUCUCUGCAUGUGCUCGUGUGCAAUGCAGCAGCUUUCGCUCUACCUUGGAGCCUCACAAAAGAUGGUCUGGAGACCACCUUCCAGGUGAAUCACCUGGGGCACUUUUACCUGGUCCAGCUCCUUCAGGAUGUCUUGUGCCGCUCAGCCCCAGCCCGAGUGGUUGUGGUCUCCUCUGAGUCCCAUAGAUUUACAGAUAUUAAUGAUUCCGCAGGAAAGCUAGACUUCAGCCGCCUCUCUCCAUCUAAAAAUGACUACUGGGCCAUGCUGGCUUACAACCGGUCCAAACUCUGCAACAUUCUUUUCUCCAAUGAGCUUCAUCGCCGCUUGUCCCCAAGAGGGGUCACCUCGAAUGCAGUGCAUCCAGGAAACAUGUUGUACUCCUCCCUUCAUCGCAACUGGUGGGUGUACACGCUGCUGUUCACCUUGGCCAGGCCUUUCACCAAGUCCAUGCAACAAGGAGCUGCCACCACCGUCUACUGUGCUGCUGCCCCCGAACUAGAGGGCCUGGGAGGGAUGUAUUUCAACAACUGCUGCCGCUGCCUGCCCUCCGCGGAGGCUCAGAGGGAGGAGACAGCCCGGGCCCUGUGGGCGCUCAGCGAGAGGCUGAUCCAGGAGGGACUCGGCGGCCAGGCCAGCUAAGCGGGAGCUCAGGUGACGACUGGAACACACGCCCAUCCUGUGUGCCCGCACGUCACUGCCAACGCUGCCCCCUCCCCAACUUAUUAUCCAGAUUAUCCAGGCCUUUCCGUGUCCCUCUGACACCAAUCCGCCAGAGCCAAGGAAAUAGGAGUAGUCACAGCAGAUGGGAAAAUGUCAAAUACCAGUGGGAAGCAGGGAAUUCAUUCCAGGGGUCAAGGAUCUCUCUUCUGGGGCUGGCUGAGGCUUGGGUCCCUUUUCUUUCCUGGUGGUGGCCUGUCUCAUUGUAGAAGCAGGAGCAAGUUUCUCUCACUAUUUAGAGUAGCCUGGUGCCCCCUGUCCCACCAGCACAGCCAGAGCCACACUGCCGCCGGGAGCUUUCUCUGUUCAGGAAAGAGUGUUUAUCCUUCCGCUGCAUUGAUCCAGGAGAUCAUUGCUGCAUUCUUUCUGACCAAGUCCAAGUGGGCUUGGCAACUCCUGGGGAGAGGCCCUGAGCCUUGUUCCUGUCAGCGAAGAUGGAGGUGACACUGGCAUAGACAGAGCUACGAGUCACAAAGGUACCAGUCCUUCGACUCCCUUGCCAAACUAUACAAAACGUUCUUUAGCAAUUAUAGCAGAUGAAUUUUGCCAAGCAUCCCCCCAAUACCUUGACAGGCAGGAAAGGAAGCGUUGUCCGUAGGAAUUUACAGGAUCAUUGCGGGGUGGGGUGAAAAGCCGUUCCCUUCAUUUUUCAUUCACGGUUUCAAGCAGCACCCCGGCGGCUCACAGCUCCUCAGGGCUCCUGCUUUAGCUUUCUGCUCACCAGUCCUGUCAUCCCUCCCAUCCUACGCUUAAUAAAAGAGCAUGCUCGAAUGUUAUCA